AUAUAUAUAUAUAUAUAUAUAUAUAUAUAUAUAUAUAUAUAACACAACGUCUUCAUUUUAUUCAAAUCAAACCUCUAUACAAAAUUCUUUCAAGUUCUGUAUCUAACGUCAAAAGAGUUCUUUAUCUAAAAACUCUCUUUACUAUUGAAUCUGGUAAUACAUGGGCUUGUUGCAGAAAUAAAACUAACAAACAAAAAAAAAAACCUAACAGAUCUUUUACAAAAAGAUUAAAUAUAAAUAGAUAUCUUUUAACUAUGCGGGUGUGGUAUAGUGGUAAGAUGGACUUUUGGGAACUUAAACCCCAUGUUUAAAAUUUACUUCUCAAAUUAAUUACAUAUGUGUGAUUACGCAGAACAUAUUUAUGUUUUAUUUGAAUACAUAGAGAGAGCACUUUCUGUUUGAGAUUAGUCUAGAUCUACACCUGUUAUAUAUUCCUAAGUUAAACAAAAAUAAAAUAAAAAUAUAUUUUCUCCGUUUCUUAAUACUUGACGUUUUAUAGGUUUGUUAUUGUUCCAAAUUACAUGACGUUUUAAUUUUAUAUGUAAAAGUAAUUAAGUUUUUUGUGUUAUAUGAACUUUAAUAUUAUGCAGAUUGUUAUAUUAUUGGUUGAAUUGUGAUUAAUUUGACAAUUAAUAGUGUUUUUGUAUAGAAAAUGUAAAAACUAAAUGUUUAAAAAAAAAAUUGUGCAUAACUUUAAAACUGUCACAUGAUAAAAAUGGAGGGAGUAUAAAUCAACAAGGAUAUUAGAAAGUUCAAUGUGUUCUUCUCCUUUAUUAAGCUGACUUGCUAAAUGUUAAGAAAAUAAUAAAUAGUAGUAUUUAUCAUUCGACCAAAUAAACUUUCAAGAAUGAUCUUAAGAAACUUUUUAUACGUAUUAUACUAUACACACAAUCACAUGCAACGUAACCACAAUAACGUGUAUUCCCAACACGAACCAUUACCGUAUUGUCACAGCCGUGCUAACGGUUAUAGCUGCAGAUUAAAAAAAUAUUUUAUAAAAACUUCUGCACUAAAAAUAAUAAUACUUAUAACUAUAGAGUAGAAACAUGUAAACUAAAUUAACAAACAAAAUAUUAAUUACAAAAAAUAUUUAUUGUAAUUUAACCAAUUAAAAAAAAAUAAUUCUAUUUUAUAAUUAAUUUUUAUAGAUAAAAUAUUUUUUUUUAACGUUUGAUUAAUUAUACUAUUACAAUGAUGAGAAUAUUACAUAGACGAUUUUACAGCCGACAAUUCUACCACCUUGUGAGAAUAUACGCCUGACUGCAUCACUCCGAGCCGUUCUAUGAAAUCCAUGUUCGAUGGUACGCCAUGCACCAAGCUGAAGAUCUCUUGUAACUUAUUUCUCCAUAAUCUGCAUAAUUUAGUAUUUUCUGGAGUUUGAACCCCAGAUCUGCAGGUAUAAAAGCAUUAAUGAAUCCUUAGUCAAACCACCAGACCAAGGGGGCUUCCGCUAAAAGUAUUAAUAGAUAAAAUAUUCAAACAAAUGUAAAAUUUUAUUUGUUUUGGCACUAAAAGUAUAUUAGAAACCACUUUAACCAUUCUAUUUUUUUUUAAUAACUAACAACUGUCUUCAUUUUGUUAUCUAAGAAACUCAAGUGUUCAGCAUAAAUCUAAUCUUUUAAUUAUUUUAUGCCCUGGAUUUAUAUAAGAUUAGUAAGAGAUGAUGCCCUUAAAUUUUUGUAAAAAUCUGAUGCCGUAGGCGAAUGUUUCAAUUUUCCUUACCGAGUCACGGCUCUUGUACAAGACAUACGAAAUAUCAAUACUUAUUAAUUAGAGAACUAGAUUUUGACUUACGCUUAGAAAGCGCAGAUUUAAUUUUGGAAUUAAAUUAUUAUUAUUUUAAAUAAAUUUUUAUAAAAUAAUGUGGAUUCACAUAAAUAUUGGCAUAGAACCGCGAUUUGGACCGGACGUUUUCAAAACACAGUUUAUUGUUUGAUUCAGUUGACAUAAAAUUAUUAUAUAUAUGUUAUACUAAAUUAUAUAUAUAUAUAUAUAAUAUAUAUUUGGUUUAAAUAAACACUAUUGAUUUAUACGGAAUGUGUUCAAAUUUUAAAAUGAAAUUUGUAUAUUUAGUAGUAUAGAAAUUAUAAACUGGGGUAUAUAUAUAUAGAAACAAUUCUGAUCACAUUUAUUUAUAUGUAUAUUAACUAUCAAAAUGCACAAAAAUAAAACAAAGUAUAUAAAAUAUUGUUACAUGUUUAAAUUCUGUAAUAAGUUGAUAACAAUGAAUUUAUUAAAUUACAAUAGUUGUGACAUACAUCACAACUUAUAUCAUUCUAUACUAUUAAAAGCAAAUCAUCUCAAAAAUCUACUUGCAAAAUUUGUUGCACCCCUUCAUUAACUAUUCUUCAGUCAUAUAAUAAUUUAGUCUAACAUAACCGUUUUAAUAAUUAUCCUUACAAUAUAAUAUGACAUAUUAUGUUAAUCAAAAAAAAAAUGAUGACAUAUUAUAUUUGUGCCAUCACAAUUUCAGAAAUUUUUGUUACAUUUAACAAUUUUUAAUACUUCAGCCUUAUACAGUAGAACCUCUAUAAAUUAAUAUUCGAUAAAUUAAUAAUCCCUAUAAAUUGAUAAAUUUUGCCGGUUCCAACUUGGGCCGGUUCAAAAUUUGACACAAAUCGAUAAAAUAAUAAGAUAAUAAUUUUUUUAGAAAAUUAUAUGUAAAUAUAUGGUCCCAUGAAAAUUAUAAAUUAAUAAUUUAUAUAUAUACAUAUUUUAUAUAAUUAAUAACCUAUUAUUAUAUUAUUUGUUUAUAUUCACAAUGUAAGUAUCUUUAUAUUCUCUUAACACUUCAUAUAUUUUUGAUAAAAUUUAGUAAUAUUAUAUCUAAAACUACAUUUAAGCUCUAUGUAAUAUAUAUUAUAUACACCAAAUAAUAUAAUAAAAUUAAUAUAAAUUUCAAAUUUCAGAAAUAACAAUUAAUGUCUAUACACUAAAAUCAAAUAUUUUUCUUAUCUUAAAAUAAGAAAUCCAAAUAAAUUUUUUUUUGUAAUUACUAUCUCUAUAAAUUAAUAAAAUUUCAAAAUUUCAACAUUAUUAAUUUAUAGAGGUUCUACUCUGGUUAACACACAUCCACCUAUAUAUUAACAACUCGACCACCACCUAAGCAUACUAAUAUUUAACGGCUCAUUUUAUUAAAUUAAUACAUCUACCUAUUAAUAUAUCUAACGCACACGACUUACUUACCUUUUGUCGAACUUACUUCUCAUCUAAAAUAUAUCGUUCAAUAAUAUCAAUAUAUUGAUUGAAUAAAAAUUAAACCUAGAGAAAAUAGAUAUUUGGGUUGAAAAAGAUAUAUAUUUUCCUAAUAUAUAUAGGUGGAUAUAAAAUUAACUACAUAACUGAUGCUAACAUUUCCAAAUAUAUAAGUAACAAUAAAUGUCUACAAUAUCAAUAUAUAAAUUAUGAUUAGAGAAAUAUUUGAUUAUGUACUGCUAUUAAUUAAAUAUUAUGGUAAGAUCAAAAAUAUUAUUAGUUUUUUUUUUUGUCGGGGAUUUAUUUAGAUAUUACAAUUAUGAGAAAGAUUACAAAGACGAUUCGAUAACCGACAAUACUACCUGCCUUAUGAGGAUCUACGCCUAACUGCAUCAUUUGAGCCAUCCUAUGAAGAUCACGCCUGAUCGGAUUUACUUGCACCAUGUAAUAGUAUUUAAACAACUUUUAUAAGUAGAUUUUUUAAGACUUAUUUCCUUUUAAUAGUAUUGAUAUUACAUUACCUUUAAUAUAGCGUCAUGUUAAGUCAUAAGUGCUUCUCCACUAAUUAACCACCGGCACAUGCAUACAUCACCACCGUCAGAACUUUAAAUUCAAAAACACUUUCGUAAAGCUUUUUAAUGCUCAAACAAUAAACCAAUUUAAUCAACAGAAAUGUAGUGACUAAACUUCAUCUGUUCACUGACAUUUUAAUAUUUACACGAUGCUUGAUUCUCGACAAUAUAUAUUCUCUCUAUUUAAAAAUCUAUGAUAUUUUGAAAGUUGUAUGAUAUUUCUAAAAAUAUAUGGUGUUUUAAAAUAAAAAAUAUACAGCUAAAAAAGACACGAUCAUUCAUUCCAAAUAUCCAUUUCUAUAAUUGCUUAUUUCUUUCCAAAGCAACCUAGAACGUAACAGAAAACUAAAUAAAAACAAAACACUCCAACAUGACUGCUAUACACAAACUAUCAAAUUUUCUUAAUAAAACCUACAAUAAAAACCGAUAAAAAUAUAAUAUUAUCUAAACAGUAUUUGUUAAGUUAAUUUUAAAAAAUCAAUUAUUUGUCACCACCACAUUUAGAAAAAAGAUUAGGGGGGUGAUUGGUUGGACUGUAACUAUAGAAUAUUUACUUUAUAAUUUAGUCUGUAUAAUUUUUUUAUUUAUAUUUAAAGGAUUUAGCUUUAAAAUUUCCUACAGCUAAAAAGACGUGGCUUUAGAAAAUAAGAUUUUUACAACUAUUUUUUGUAUGUUUUUGUUGUAACUUUAGUUUUUUGGUUGUAGCUUUAAAAACUAAGAUAAAACAUGAUUGGUAGUAUUUAAAGUUGUAGAUGAAAAUUAAAACUAAAUUCACUUCCUACAGUCCAACCAAUCACCCCCUAUAUAGCUUAGUAAAAAUAUGACAUUGAUUUUUUUUGUCAUCAACUUAUACAGAUUCAUACAGACUCUGUAAACCAACCCAGGUGAUCUGCAUCCAUGUAAAUAACGAAAGACGGUUGCACCCUAGCACUACGGACUAAACUAUCCGCCAUUAAAUUUUGCUUCUUUCUUAUUAUGACAUGUCAAAUUUUCAUUUAUGAAGUUUAUAUUUUUGAUCAGAUUCUUAAAAUAUUAUAAUAACUUAUAUAUUACCAUUAGUAAAAAAGCUAAACUAUAACAUAAUCAUAAAUAUAUAUAAAAUUUCACAUCAAUUUAGAAUUUAAAAAUAUUUUUAUAGAUAUUUAUACUUUUGUCAUAGAAAACUAAAAUUUUUUGAAUUGUAUUUUAAAUUGAUUUAAAAACAACUAGUCAAAAUAUUGAAUUAUUAAUCUAUUCGUAUAUAAUCACCAUAAAAUAUGUUCGUUUAGAAAGUGUCGGUCGAUUCAUUGAGUUAUUGGUAAAUUAAUUUUUUUUACUUGAAUGUUUUUUCAAAAACUAAAAUUAAUUUAUAGUAAAAUUUAACUAAAUCUUUAAACAUAAAUAAAAAAUUGUCAACCCAAAUAGAAAAUAACUUACAAAUAAUUAUUAUAAUUUUUAUACUGAUAAAACGAUUUUUUAUAAAAAAUAAAUAAAUAUAGAUUAAAUUAUUACGUUUUAAAAUAAUUAUAAUUUUUAGAAAAUUAUUAUCAUUAUGCAUGGCACAAAAAGCUUCGUGAUAUCAAUAUGCGCAAAAGAAACCUCCUAGUAUCAGUAUAUAAGGCACCACUGUUAAGUUCAAACCCUUUUUUUUUCAACAUAAGUUGGUUUAGAUAAAUAAUGAUAACCCUCAAGAAUGUGAUUAGCUCAAUAGUUUUAACUUAAAAAUACAGAAAGAUAAUCAGCCUUUUAAUUCUGCAAUAAACUAAAUCAGAAGUCGAAGGUCGCCCACUUCUAUUUCUAUAUAUCCCCUUAUACACACGUAGAAAGAGAAACAAACACCAAACCAUCACAUUAAGACAAAUUCAGAGCCACAUAACCCAUUUUGUGUUUUCUUCUGCCUUCUGUCUCCGCCAUGGAAGCUAAGAAGUCCAACAAGAUCAGAGAGAUCGUUAAGCAUCAACAGAUCCUAAAGAAAUGGCGGAAACAAGCACAUGCAUCAAAAACAGCCGACAGCAAGGAAGACAACAAUAGCAAUGGCGGAGGAAGCAAGGGCAUCAAGUUUCUGAAGAGGACACUAUCAUUUACAGAUGCAACAGCUGUGCCUAAAGGGUAUCUAGCUGUCUCGGUCGGCUUAGAGAAGAAGAGGUACACAAUACCAACCGAAUACCUUAGCCACCAAGCUUUCCAUGUUCUUCUGCACGAAGCAGAAGAAGAGUUUGGGUUCCAACAAGCCGGUGUCUUGAGGAUUCCUUGUGAAGUUGCUGUUUUCGAGAGCAUGUUGAAGAUAAUGGAGGACAAGAACGAAGGGUACCUGGUGACAACAACAACAGCUAAACAGGAUUGUAAAUUCAAUAAAGCAGCAGAUGACAAGACGAGAUAUGGGCAUCCAUCUGGUUGCCCUCCGACUCCUAAUUCACACCAACCUCACAGCCCAAUGUGCAGAUAGUUUCCUUCAUUAAUGCUUUGCUUCUGUCCUCUCUUGUUGACUUUGAGCCAUUCUGCUUAUUUCCAUCUUCCCACUUUUUCUCUAGGGAUAUUUGGAUUUGUGUGCUUAUAACUUCUGAGAGGUUUUUCAAUUCUGCUUAUUUCAAUGUACAAACGGAUCAUUGUAACUCUCUAUUCCUGGUUUAUCUCCUCUGUUUUCGAAUUUUGGUGUACUUUCUCAGAAGUACCCACCAGGCCAAUGAUAUAACCAUCUAUGCCUGAUGAAAUAGCAGUAAUCUCGUGCACAAGAACUAAUCAAAUACUGUAUAAAGUGACUCAAGCAAAAACAACAUCUGAGCUUUUUAUACACAAAGAUUUUAACCAUAAGCAAUCUAGUCGACUGCAUUUGCAACGCAAAUCAGUAGAAACAUGUCAUGCAAGCAAGUUCAUGACAACCUUCAUGAUGUUACCAAAGAAUUUGAAUGUCUAUUAGUUUGUAGUAUCAUACAAGUUCAUAUAUGAUCUUAGCAGAUAGAACCUAAUGAAACUGGAGAAGAUCAAACAUUUGCAUUUUUGUCCUUUUUAACUCUAAGCAGAAACGAAUCCAAAAUGCUAUCUUGAUUAAGAAACAAGAAGAGACAAAAAAGGGAAUGGUUCAUGUUUCUGCAGUUUGCGAUGUGAACAGAAGUUGCAAUUAUGUCAUAAGCAAUCAUAGAUUAAAAAUCAAUAGAUUAAUCAAUAUUAAUAAUCAAUAGUGCAAUCAUACUAAAAAUCAAUAAAAAUAAUUAUUACGGAACUGUACUGUUAAUCACCAACUGGAAUGCGGUUGUUAAACUAUAUAAAACGAAAAAGGUACGGUAUCCUAAGCUAGUCUUACGGAAACUAAAAGCUGUAAUAAGUUAGUAAUAUAAUAAGGUAAUAACAGAAUCACAUGAACAUUCUUAAGUAGCUCCAUUAUUGUGUUCACAUGCAUAUAUACCUUCCAUCUCUAAAGAGUACGGCAAAUCAAAAGGACUGAUCCCAUUAACCAAUCAGGUAUUCAAGAAACGUUUCAUGGAAAUCAUAUGUAAACUAAUGAUUGUGAAAGUCAAUACAUAAACGUGGCGAUUUCGAGAUCCGAUAAUUCAGAAAAGGCCACAUGACAUAUGUAUCUGAGAUCAUGUAAUACCAUCAAAAACUAUAUUACCGUAAUACAUGUGCGCUGAUCUCCUGAACAUGAUGGACAAAUAAUGAAAUAAGAUACUUGGAGAAAGAAUAGUUGCAGAUUCUAUAAAAAAGAUCAAGAAACAAAUUAACAAGAACAAACCAUAUGCCUUGGAAUCAUAAAAACCGUUGAUAGUUUUCAAGAUAAACCGACAAGGGAAUCCCGUUUUUUAAAGGCAUUGUAACUACAGCGACACAUUGAAGACCAAAAAAAAAAAAAU